AUGGGAAAAAUGCAACAGUACCCCGGUGGAGCUCCAGCAAAUGGACAGUUCGUUGGAGCACAAUCUGUCACAGAAGAUAAUGUUGGGACAUUCAACGGAGGCAGCUACAGAAUUAGCCAUCGAGACACAAACUCUCUCCUUACCAUUCAGUUAGCAAUAGGUGCUCCAUUGAAGGCCAGGCCCGGUAUUAUGCUUGCAAUGUCUACAACAAUGACACUCAAGGGCAAACUUUCCUUUAGUUGGAAGAAAUUAAUUUCUCGUGGAGAAAUGGGGCACUCCACAUACACGGGCCCUGGCGAGCUUCUCCUUGCCCCGUAUGUGCUUGGCGAUGUUACAGUUUUGCGGGUCGAUCGUCCAGGACAAUGGAAACUUGGACGAGAUGCUUAUCUUGCUUCGACGAGUGGGAUCGAAGCAGAAUAUGAAAAGCAAAGCAUAUCCAAUGCUGUCUUCUCUGGCGAAGGACUUUUUGUGUAUCGUCUAGACGGAACCGGACUGGUAUGGAUACAAAGCUUUGGUGCAAUCAUCAAGAAAGAACUUGCUGAGGGAGAGACGUAUUUUGUCGACAAUGGCCAUCUGGUCGCAUGGACUUGCCAAUACAAGAUGGAGCGUGCGGCCUCCGGUGGUAUUCUCUCGAAUCUGCACUCCAAAGAAGGGCUUGUCUGCAGAUUUAUCGGACCGGGAACCAUCUAUAUUCAAACGAGAAACCUGAACAAUUUCGGCGUUGCAAUUGGUGCCAGCACGGCCAGUGGCUGA